GCAAGUGAUACACACACAAACCAAAAACACAAGUAGUAGUUGGUUUUGUUGUCAUGCUUUCAUUUCGUAACAUAAUAUCUAUGUCCCAAUAAUAAUAUUGCCUCUGCAUUUUUCUAAACACUAGAAACCACUCAUCAACAACAACCACCACCACCACCAUCACCUUAUUGUUCUGCAUCACAGUUUCGAGUCUCUUAAUUUCUGUGCUCCAAAAUCUAGUCCUAGUUUGCAUGAUGGCCUUUAGCUUAUGUGGAACAAACCUUGAUUGGAUUAGAGUCCACACAGACCAUUAAGUGAAUUGAGAGCCAUGUGUUUGAGUUUAUGUCUCUGUGAGAAAAGUGCUUGUGUUGGUUUUUCUCACCCUCAAAACAAUCACAUACUAUUCACCACACCACCCAUCUUUUCUAUGAUUCCUUUCUCCUUCUAACCAAAGAUGCUUCUCUGAGACUCUUUAUCUAUUAAGAAUCCUAACGCUUAUUGCCCCAACUCAAAAAAGUUCCUUCUCUCCGCUCCUUCAAUCCACCAAAAAGGGUACAAGAAUUCUGAGUUCUUGUUUUUUGAAACAUUGGUGUCUUUCAAACAUGCAUAUAAUGGCUCUUCACCAUCCACACCGUUUAUUACUAGACACAAGCUCAAGCUCUGGUGAUGUAAAUAGGACAAAAGAUUCCUCCUUAGGCGACCCGAAUUUCGACACCAACAUGGUGAUUAUCUUGGCUGCUUUGCUCUGUGCACUCAUAUGUGCUUUGGGACUCAACUCAAUAGUGCGUUGCGCUCUAAGAUGUAGCCGAAGGUUGGCUUUCGAGACCCCGGACGAAGCAGCAGCGCGAUUAGCGGUUAAAGGGUUGAAGAAGAGUGCUCUGCAUCAGAUUCCUAUAGUUGUUUAUGGUAAUUCAGGUGCUACUAAUAGUUGUAUUAAAGCCACUGAUUGUGCAAUUUGCCUAGGGGAGUUUAUGAAUGGGGAAAAAAUUAGAGUGCUACCAAAAUGUAACCAUGGAUUCCAUGUUAAGUGUAUAGAUACAUGGCUGCAAUCACACUCCUCUUGCCCAACUUGUAGAAGGUGUUUGAUUGAGCAACCAGCAACAAGUUCUGAAGUUGCAACUGUGGCUGUUGCAGUGGCUGCAGCUUCAGGAACAAGGAAUAGUCAUGAAGAUAAUAAUGCUUCAGGAGGGUAUCAACCUGAUCAUGUAGCUGUAGUUGUUGAUGAGAUUAGCUAGCUAGUUGAAAGUUGCUGCUUAACCUUCCCCUUUGUUGGAAUUCACUGAUGGAGGGAUGAGUAAUUUGACUCAUUCACAUCUAGAUCAUGAGUGUUUGGAAUUCAUAUUAUGAAAGGAGACAUUGCUUUUGCUAAUUUGAAAAGAAAAAAGGAGUUCAUCAGAGCGAGGCAAGGGAUGGAAUAAAUGAAGAGAUAGGUAUAUUUUGUUUAUGUAUUUUUUUUUCAAACUUGAAUUAGGAUUUUAAGAACUUUUCAUAUUCUAUGGUGUACUUGUAUGAUAGUGUGAAGAAUUGAGGAUAUAUAGAGGUAGAUAUUAGUGUAGAAAAUUUAACUUGAUUUCAUGUAUGUUUGUGCAUGUUUUCGGACAUGAUUGUAAAUAGAUUGAGAAGCAAGCAAUGUGCAACUAUUUCGGUUCUAAAAUGGCAUUUUAU